AUGAACCUGCCAGGAAGGAGCUUGGCUCUGGCCUGGAUGACUACCAUCUUGGUGCAGAUGUCCAUGGCAAGGCAAACCAGGUGGGCACAGAAUGCCAAGCCCCGGGUCUUAUGGGACUUGAGUGCUCGGGAGCUGGAGUGCGUGCACAAAUUCCUGAUGAGCAGGAGGGAGUUGGAACUGCAGUCAUCCAAGGUACCGACUCUGGCCAAGAACUCUGUGUUCCUCAUUGAGAUGCUGAUGCCCAAAAAGUAUGAGGUACUGGAUUUCUUAGAUAAUGGAGCCAUUCCUCCUUUACGGGAAGCCCAUGUCCUCAUCUACUUUGGCGCCCAGGAGUAUCCCAAUGUCACAGAGUAUGCUGUGGGGCCAGUUGAACAGCCCAUGUACAUGCGAAAACUGAGCCGCAAGGGAGGCCAGGAGCUGUCGUGGGCAUCUAGACCCAUGUCCAAAGUAGAGUCUGCCCUCCUCCUCCAGACUCUGAAGAUAGCCACCAAGCCCUUACAAGAGUUCUUCUUUGAUAUCACUGGCUUCACACUACAUGACUGUGACAGCGGCUGUCUGACCUUCAUCAAUGUUGCCCCUCGUGCUAUGACAUUCAGAAAGCACCGUAGCUGGUUUCUCUUGCAACGCUUGGUGAAUGGCUACUUACUGCAGCCCACAGGGCUAGAGAUUCUUGUGGAUCAUGGGAGCACAGAUGUCCAGGACUGGAGAGUGAAGCAGCUCUGGUAUAAUGGGAAGUUCUACAGCAGCCCAGAGGAACUGGCUCAGAAAUACGCAGAUGGAGAAGUAGACACAGUGGAUCUUGAGGAUCCAUUGCCCAAGAUUACACAACAGUCAGCACAGCACUUAACCUAUAGGCCCAGUGCUGAAACUGAGUUCCCCGUGCCCAUCAGCAAGGGUGGCCCUCGAGUGUUCCAGUCCAGAGCUGAGUUCCCCGUGCCCAUCAGCAAGGGUGGCCCUCGAGUGUUCCAGUCCAGAGCUGAGUUCCCCGUGCCCAUCAGCAAGGGUGGCCCUCAAAUGUUCCAGUCCAGAGCUGAGUUCCCUGUGCCCACCAGCAAGGGUGGCCCUCGAGUGUUCCAGUCCAGAGCUGAGUUCCCUGUGCCCACCAGCAAGGGUGGCCCUCAAGUGUUCCAGUCCAGAGCUGAGUUCCCUGUGCCCAUCAGCAAGGGUGGCCCUCGAGUGUUCCAGUCCAGAGCUGAGUUCCCCACCAGCAAGGGUGGCCCUCAAGUGUUCCAGUCCAGAGCUGAGUUCCCCGUGCCCAUCAGCAAGGGUGGCCCUCAAGUGUUCCAGUCCAGAGCUGAGUUCCCCGUGCCCACCAGCAAGAGUGGCCCUCAAGUGUUUCAGUCCAGAACUGAGUUCCCCGUGCCCAUCAGCAAGGGUGGCCCUCGAGUGUUCCAGUCCAGAGCUGAGUUCCCCGUGCCCACCAGCAAGGGUGGCCCUCAAGUGUUCCAGUCCAGAGCUGAGUUCCCCGUGCCCAUCAGCAAGGGUGGCCCUCGAGUGUUCCAGCCCAGUGCUGAGUUCCCUGUGCCUACCAGCAAGGGUGGCCCUCGAGCGUUCCAGUCCAGUGUUCCCCGUUAUAGCCUAAAACACAACACUGUGUUUUAUGGAGACUGGAGGUUCUUCUUCAAGCUGCACUCCUCUUAUGGGCUUCAACUCUUUAAUGUGUACUUCGGGGGCAAGCGCAUUGCCUAUGAAAUUGGCGUGCGAGAGGUUAUGGCACUGUAUAGAGGACAAACAGCUGAAGGCAGGGAGACCAAGUACAUGGAUGUGGGCUGGGGCCUCGGAGGCAUCACUCGCCAGUUAACUCCAGGCAUGGACUGCCCCGACACAGCCACCUUCCUGGACGCCUUCCACCACUAUGACAGUGACGGCCCUGUCCUGUAUCAACGAGCCCUCUGUAUCUUUGAGAUGCCCACGGGAGCUCCCCUUGGGCAGCGCUUUAACUCCAACUUUAGAUAUAGCUUCAGUUCCUCUGCCAGGCUGAAUGGGCCUACGCUGGUUCUAAGGACAACAUCGACAAUCCACAGUCAUGAUUACAUCUGGGACUUCAUCUUCCACCCCAGUGGAGUAAUGGAGGGCAAGAUGCAUGCCACUGGCUAUGUUCAUGCCGCUUUCCACACCCCAGAAGGGCUGGUCUACAGCAGUCACCUGCACACCCACCCACUUGGGAACAUCCACUCCCACCUAGCGUAUUACCACAUUGACCUGGAUGUGGCAGGCACCAAGAACAGCUUCCAGACCCUGAAGACGAGACUGGAAAACAUCACCAAUCCCUGGAGCCAGAGAAGCGAGCAGGUCAAACCCAUCCUCAACAAGACCCAGUACUCCUGGGAGCGCCAGGCAGCCUUCCACUUCAGGCAGACUCUGCCCAAGUACCUGCUUUUUAGCAAUGUGGGGAAAGGAGUGUUGGGUCACAGUUGCAGCUACCGCCUGCACAUCCCCUCUGUGGCUGAGCAGCUGCUGCCCCCAGGCUGGCAGAACUCACCAGCUUUUGCCUGGCCCAGGUACCAGCUGGCAGUGACCAAGUACCAGGAAUCUGAGCGGUUCCACAGCAGCCUUUACAACCAGAACCACCCCUGGGCUUACCCUAUGGUCUUUGAGGACUUCAUUCACGACAAUGAAAACAGUGAAGACAAGGACUUGGUGGCCUGGGUGACCGUAGCCACACAGCCUCCACUCCAAUCUGAGGAUGCCCUCCCUCAACAUGGCUGUGCCAGGGAACUCUGCAGGAUUCUUGCUCCAGCCAUUUGA